CACUUAAGUUUGCGUGCAGUGCUGGGAGUAAAGCUGCAAGACAUCAGAAUCUGCUUCACAUUCAGCAUUAUAAACAAGAAUCAGAUGAUUUGAAUGUUCUUCUCUUUUGGUGGGCAGUAGUACUUAUAGUAGAUCAGUAAAUUAAGCACUGCAGGUCACUCCUAUCAUUUUUACUCAAACAGAUCUAGGAGAGCUCCAGGUUGCCGGACACAGCUUUUAUGGCACAAAUAAACUGAAUUUCAGUUUGUUGCUCCAUAAUUACAUUUUGACAUGUUAGCCAGCCAUGGGGCCUCCGUGUGACUUUGUUGUGUCUCUUUAUGUGCUUCAAAUGAUGCAGCAAAGCGGUUAAUGGGGUUGUUUCAGCAUUAACAAGCUAAUGGCGCCCUCUUUCCUCCUUCCAGACACGGUGCAGGUGACCACAGCGGCCCACCUUGCGCUUCUGGUGCCCAAAAACAUCUCCUUGUUCCCUAGCAACUCCGAGCCCUGCACAGAGGGCCACAUCGAUGUGUGGUGGACCGUCCAUGACGGCGGGAUGCUGAUGCUUCUGCCUUUCCUCCUGCGACAACACAAGGUGUGGCGCAAGUGUUCAAUGCGAAUCUUCACAGUGGCCCAGAUGGAGGAUAAUUCCAUACAGAUGCAGAAGGAUUUGUUAACCUUCACCUAUCAGCUACGCAUCGAUGCUGAGGUGGAAGUAGUGGAGAUGGUUUAUGUUCUCCGACGGCGACACAACUGCCGGCACCCCGGCUGGAAACAUGAUCACCAUGUCCAAGAAGCUGCUGUGGGGCGCCACUACCAGGAUCUGCGCCUCCUUCACGUCCGCCUUACGACCUUUCACCUUAACCCAAUGGAAGCCCACGCAGAAGAACACUGCACGGCCCAGCAGCCACAGGAUCGGGUGGAACAGCCAGCGCCGCCAGCCUGAUAAGGGUUUGGAGCGUUCCUCCUGAGACAGGCCGGCCAAUCUCAGCACAGCGACGAUCCAAGCAGAGAUUAACAAGAUCCAUGCCAGGAAGACCCGUAUGGGGAGCAGGGUGCAGCCCAGGAUGAUGCCCUGCAGGAUCAGAGGGGAAAAUUAGAGAUGUUUAAACAUAAUGCAGGGUUCAAUCAAGUGAAACACACACCACCAAACAUCAGAAACACUGUUUCAUGGUCUAAAUCUAAAAAGAUGCCCUCUUUAGUUCUUUUCAUGGCAUCACAAAGCCUUAGUCAAUCUAAACUCAACCACUCAACACGGGACACAUCAAGCUCAGCUUGAUUUAAAGGUCAAGUUUAGGCGAAGUCAUUGUUUCAAACAAACAAACAUUAUUCCUGCUGAUUUAAGAAAAUGUAAGAUAUAUGAAUCGUAGUGUUUGUUUAUAUAAUGCUAAUGAGCCAUGUUUGCUUGGUGGAGCUGGUUAAAUGCUCUUCGGGUGAAACCUGCUUAAAGAUAACUAAGAGGCAAAGUGGAAAUCCAUCAGAAUGAUGGAAGGUUUUUCUUUUUCUCUGUUUUUCAUUAAUAAUAAAGCGAGCGAGCGAGCGUGUGUGUGUGUGCGCGUGUGUGUAUUGCUUUUAUUAAUCCCUCAAAGCAGAAGAAGUAGAAACAAUGCUUCCAAUAUGGCAGCCUGAUUAAAGAGCCGGUGAGGCUUUAGUCUUUAACAUCCACAACAGACAGACCUCUACACGCUGCACACAGGGAAACCCUUGCUCUGAGUCUUCACCCACAGCAACACUUCCCUGUCAUCAUCUGUGCUGCGACUCCAUCAAGGCAAAGGGAAGCAACACGUAAACAUUUUCUCAAACUGCUGCGCUGAAACCGUUUCCAAAGAGCAUGCUGUGUGAGACGAUAAACCUCAUUUAACCUUUUAACCUGUGGCUUCCGGAACAAACUCAGGCGAGUCAGUCACUGCAAACACAUUUAUAGCAUCAAGUGUUUGUCAAAUUAAAAGGAUGUGUUUUUUCUACAGCUAGGAUCAUUUUCUAUGUGCAGUAAAGUGCAUCAUCGGUGUUCAAUCAUACAUUUUGUAAUUGUUAUAAACAGAACAAAUGUUUUCUCAAUUCACUGCUUGAUUCUUAACUUGUUUAAAUGAAACAUGAUGAAAUGUCUGCAUUAUUUUUGAAAUGUCCUUGGCAGCGCAUGUGUCUGCAUUGUAAUUUACUAAUAAAACGUCCUGUGUGUA